AUGGCUGGCUUUUUAAAGAAAACUCUACCGAGGGAACUUGAAGUAUUUGUGGAAAAGCUGAUUAUAGCCUUCAAGUUGAAUAUGAUUCAGGAUGCAGUUCACGAUUUCAAGUCAGAUAUGUCCGGCCUCAGCAGUGCUUCUGAUUACAUUGAGAAAAAUUGGAAGAACAUAGUCCCAGCUGUUGAGCAGAAGGGACAGGAAUUGAAUGAUGCCUUAAACGAAAUUAAGACUGGAUGUCCUUACCUGGAACAAGAGGCUGACAAACUCAGGUCAAAUUUCAAUAAAGCUCUCGUUAAGGAGAUUCCAGCGGAUUUGAACACUGCUCUAGCUACCACGUCAGCAAAAUUGAAGCAAAUGUCAGAUAAACUGGACGGCGUGAUGGAGCAGGUCGGCAGUGUUCAUACCACUAUUUCACAGCAAAUUCAAGAAAAUUUGGACGUUGCAAGCAUGCUUGAAGAAUUAAAUGGAAUGUGGGAUACCAUAGACUCAAACCUAACUCCGAUGGAGCAGAAAAUGGAUCAAAUGAUGAAUACAGUUUUUGGAUUCCUUGGGCAGUAUUCUUCUCUCGUUAAAGCUCUGCUCUUCGUGUUGGCCAUACCCUUCCUCCUGGCUGCAAUUUUUUUUACUCUCUUCCUUGUCGUCUUCAUCGUUGAGGCCAUUUAUCGUCAUUUGUUCUCUCUCACUGGAACCUCAGCCUCGGAAGUUGCAGCCGCGGAUCCUUGGAUCGCGAAAUCGUGUGUCUGUGGUGGGGGAAAGUUCUGCUGUUGUUCCUGCCUCCUCAUCCUACCCGUCCUUCUCUUGGGUAUUUUCGCCUGCCUCGCAAUCACGCUGAACGGAUUUGCGGGUGUUGAGGUCUGCCCCUACAUAACUAACACUACGGGUAUCAAUAUGACCGAUUACGUACUUAACUCGAAAGUGCAGACCAUAUGGAACGACGCAGUCAACUCCGCAGGCCCAUCAGGAAGUCAGACAGGAGGUUUCGGGAACCUUCUCAAUCCAAAACCUCCACAGAAUCUGCUUUAUGCAGUGGAGGUCGGAUGUGCCCCCUCCGCUGCUGCUCAGGAGACCCCAGCACCGGGCCUCCUGGCGCAAAUGGGGCUUACCAAUUUGGUUGACUUCCGUGAAUUCGUUAACGACCCAACACUUACCAAUAAAUUAGCAAAGGUUAAGACGUAA